AUGAAAUUUACGGCAUUAUCAUUGGUUUUCUUCAUCUUCAGCAUAGUACCUUUUACUAUACAGGCGGCUAAAGAUAUAAAUGGAGUUAGCGAAAAUGGUUUCUAUAUCCUAUACGAUAACCAAUAUCGACCGUUUAUCACAUUUUGUGAUUUCAAUUCUGAUAAAGGAUUUAUUUGGACACUUAUUGAGUCAUUUUCCUUGAAUAACAGCAUGAAAGCCAAAUAUCGCAAGGGAUUUUUUCAGGAUUUUCCAACUGUUAGUAGUUUUAUUGACUUGCAGGAAUUUCGAUUAGAGAACUCAGUUAUGAAAUCGAUUGCUGGUGCGCCAGGAUCGACCCAUUUUCGCACAACAUGUAAUUUUAACACGAAUGACCGCAAAGGAAUACAGAAUCAUCUAGACUAUUUGCGUGUAUCAUUUUGUAAUUUUCCCAAUUUCUUUAAAAAUGUUAACAAAAAUACAUGUACUAAGGUGGAUUAUAUUAAUGUCCAAGGACAAUCCUGCAGAGAUUGUAGUAUUCCAAUACAUGAUGGCGGUAAUGAACAUCAUAUGUUAGCUAACAUCGACAGAUCCCCGGACGAUUGUGAUCGUUUGAAAUUUGGAGGUGCAAAAGGAUAUGCUUUUGGUGAUUACAGGCUUUUAGAUUCAAAAUUUUCAUGUUCAAUGGCAUCUAAUUCGACUACCAAUUGGUGGAUUGGAGGUGCAGAUAUGUCGUAA